AUGAAAUUCAAUCUCUCAAAAAAAGAACUGAAACAGCUUGAAAAUGCUUCAGAAAAAAAAAAAGUGGAGUUGAGAUUGGAAAUAUUAUUCCUUAAAAAAGCUUAUAUCAACUCUCUAAGUUUAUAUAAUUCAAAAGAAAAAAAUAUAGAUAUAGCAAAUCUUGACCUUUUUAUACAAAUUAAUCGAGGUUUAAAUUGCAUUGAGAAUCAUAUUAGAGGAGCUGAAAUACUAUUAAAUAAUCCUAUUAAUAUUAUAAAUGGUAUUAGAGGUUUCUUAAAUGAUAUCCAUCUUAAUUACCAAAAUGCAUUUCAGGAUAUAGAUGGUGUUAUCACUUAA